AUCCCGGCUGUCAAAAGCUUGCUUGUGUUUUGGGCUGUGUUGGGCCACUGCGUGCGUUAGUGGAUUUGUUUUGGACAUUUUGUGAAUUAGGAGGAAAAUGUACGGGUCGUGUGGUAAAUAGGGGAAAGAAGGAGGACCACACAAACACAAAGACAAAGAAAGUGAAAUGGCAGAAGAAGAAACAGAGAUUCUGGAACCCUAUCAAGUGUCCUUCUCGGACCUUGUCCAUUUGUCAUCUCGCUUUCAAUCUCCGAGAGACCGUAAACGCUUCCAAUGCAUCUCGAGAAAAGUGAUGUCAGCUCUUGGCCCCACCGGUCCAGGCCUGCUUUGUAUCACCGGCGUUCUUGGCUCCGCCGUUCUCCGCCGUCAACUCCUCCCUAUGGCUCGGAAGCUUGCUCUUCUCGAUCCGGACAAGCGGAUUCGCAUUCUCAAGGAGCACCACUUGGGUAGCGACGUUUCUCUCAAGAAUCCACUACGAGAUGUCUCGUCUUUUGCAAUGCAGCUCAACUAUGAACGCACUUCUAAAUCUUCACCGGGAAAGCUGCGGUUCCAUGAGCCUGCCGCUACACUGGACUUGCAGGAGGUUAAUGAUGAUGAUGAGUUCACAAAUCUUGGUACUGCCUUUAAGGAAUUAGGUUUUUGUAUGAGGGAAUUAGGCUUGUCCAUUGCUCGUAUAUGCGACAGGGAGAUUGGUGGAGGCUUCCUUGAGGAUAGUUUACUGGAUUCUUGCACAGCCAAGGCACGUCUUAUACAUUACCACUCUGCUGCUGAUAAAUGUGCUCUCAGAGAAACCGCCGAGAGGAUAAACCAAUCUGGUAAACGCAAGAGCAGAGUCCAGAGUACAGCUGAGCAAGAGGUGAACCGUAGAAACGGGAAUAGUUUGAAUGGGAGUCACUUCAACCUGUGGCAACAGUGGCACUACGAUUAUGGCAUCUUUACAGUUCUCACGGAUCCUAUGUUUUUAUCCUCCUAUUCAUACCAGGAAUACACUUUGAUGGGCGGCCACUCUUAUCUGCAGAUCUAUCAUCCCAGCAAGAACAAGUUGUACAUGGUCAAGACUCCACAAGACAGUUUUAUUGUUCAAAUUGGAGAGUCUGCUGAUAUUCUGUCCAAAGGGAAGCUACGGUCGACCCUUCACUGUGUGUGCAAACCAGAGAAGCUGGAGCACUUAAGCCGUGAGACAUUUGUGGUCUUCUUACAGCCAAAGUGGAGCCAAACUUUCUCAGUCUCAGAAUAUACAAUGGAACAUCUAAGGUCAUAUUCUCUACAGAGUCAGCUCUCUGAUAAGGAUGAGGUCCCUAAUCUAGAUAUACAGAAAAUCGUUCCACCUCUAUCGUCUCGGGUAAGGGAUGGGAUGACAUUUGCCGAGUUUUCUCGAGAAACAACAAAGCAGUACUACGGAGGGAAUGGUCUGCAAUCUAAUAGAUAGAUGGCCCGUCCUAGCUAGCGAGACAUGUGCAAAUGAUGAAACCCCCCUCUCUCAGGUAGAUAGGUUGUCAAGUCUUUAGGUAGUCAAUUUUCAGGUCAAUUACUUCAUAGUAAUGAGUUAGUUGAAGCCAAGAAGAAUGAGCCAAAGAGGGUUAGUUCUGAAAGAGAUUAGAUUAAAGGUAAGAGUUGGGAUUCGUCUUGUGUACUUCGAUGUUGGAGCCAAAAAACAGUGAAAGCUGUUACAUCGUUUUCACAGUCAAAAGCAACUCUCUCUUUCCAACAUGCUUUCUUUUGCUCUUCUAUAGUCUCUCUCUGUGACUCAGUUUAUGUUCCUGUUGUGUCUCCCCCGAUGCUGUUCCAUUCUUACAUCUCUUUGUUUCUUUGUUUGCUUUUUCAAGCGUCGCAUUAAGACAAAGUGGUGUUAUUAAAGUAAAAGCUGCAUCCCCUCUUCACAGAUUCCUUUAGGGAAUCAAUAUUUUUCUCUUCCUUUUUUUGACAUUUUAUGAUUUAUCGUGUUUUUUCA